AGAGGCUCAGUCCCGCUCGAGUCAGAGCUGGGGACCAUGCCGUCCCAGGUUCAAGGAUAAAACCCAUAAGGCCCAAGCGCCAUCUCCGCCAUCUCCUCCACCUCCAGGUCUCGUCCAGGAUCGCCCUUGCUCCCAGGCCCCGUCCAGCGUCCAGCAGCAAGGGACCUGAUCCAUGCUGUCACACGGUGCCCUGGUGAAGCAGAGGAGGCAGCAGGCGACCGCCAUCAUGAGGGAAGUCCACGGAAACGAUGCAGGCAGCAUGGACCUGGGCAAGAAGGUCAGCGUCCCCAGAGACAUCAUGGUGGAGGAGUUAUCCCACCUCGGCAAUCGCGGCGCCAGGCUGUUUAAGAUGCGUCAGAGGAGGUCUGACAAGUACACGUUUGAGAACUUCCAGUACGAAACUAAAGUGCAGAGAAACCACAGCCUCGCCAUGCAGAACGGGAAGCUGGAUGGCAGCAUCCUGGAGGGGGGCUCCCAGCAGGCCCCCCUGACACCUCCCAACACCCCGGAUCCGCGGAGCCCUCCCAACCCAGAGAGCCUCGCUCCAGGCUACUCUGGACCACUGAAGGAGAUCCCUCCUGARAGGUUCAACACCACGGCCGUGCCCAAGUACUACCAGUCUCCCUGGGAGCAGGCCAUUGGCAGCGACCCUGAGCUGCUGGAGGCACUACACCCCAAAUUCUUCCAGCCCGAGGGCAAGGCGCAGCUGCAGGACUACAGGAGCUUUAACAGAGUGGCCACCCCAUUUGGAGGAUUUGAAAAGGCAUCAAAAGUGGUGAAAUUCAAAGUUCCAGAUUUUGAGCUACUGCUGCUGACAGACCCUAGGUUCAUGGCUUUUGCCAACCCCCUUUCUGGCCGACGGUCCUUCAACAGGACUCCCAAGGGAUGGGUGUCUGAGAAUCUUCCCAUAGUGGUAGCUGCCGAGUCUGCAGAGGACACCACGGUGCCAGAGUCGGAGGACCUGUGAGCAGGCAGCGGGUGCCACAGAACCUCCGCGGCAGCGUGGCUGUCCCUGUACUCCUCUCUUUCACUAGCAGAGAGCCAUCCCAGUCGGCGGCCUUCCUGUGUGGUGCUGCAUUCAGUCUCAGAUGCAGUGAAUGAUUAAAAUGGUGAUGAAAACCCUUCA